UCUCAAAGAUCAGCUUCAAGAAUGACAGAACUCAAGCCAUUAGCAAGCUCAUCCAAAAGUAGCCAUCCAUCAGAGGUGAGUGUCUCCACAUCCCGGCUGCAGAGGAAUGUGAGGAGCAGCACUAUGUUCCUGCUUGCAGCUGCUGCAGGAGACGUGAAACUCAUGCCAAUAACCAUCUGAAUUCCCUCCUUGUCCUGCUGUGGACAAGGGUAUGUUUGCCCAGCAAUGGGUGAAGCUGGCAGUGACUCCACCAGCCCAAGGACACGGACAGCAUUGAGGCAGCAGUCCAUGGGAGAUAAUCCUCUCCACAAGUGGUGCUAGAUGAGAAACAGAUCAGUCUACUUGGUCAUAUGGAAUACCUCUCACAUUGUCUUUGAGAGGAAGAGCUGAUGAUGGACUGUCCACAAAACAACACCAUUUUGGAUUGGGUAUUUUUUUAAAAAGGGCCAAGUAGUGCCAGUGUGACACAAGAGGACGAGGAGUAAAGCCUCUAGCUCCUUCUCCACUGCUCAUCACCUUCUGCAGUUCUCAUCUCCGUGAGACAGCCUGCAGGUACACGGCUGUGUUUGAAUGGGACAAAGCAUGGUGGGAAAAAGGCAAUUCCAUUCACCUCAUUGAAGGCUGGGAUAGACUCCAGAAUGAAUUCCUCCUGGUAACUCCUACUCGGAUGUAUAUUCUACCAAAACCCAUGGAAAGGACCAGAAGCACAGGAUUUUCUGCCCCUCUAUGGUGCAGAAACCAGCAAUAAAUUAAUUUGAUUACAAGGCCUCAUAUAUUAAUAGAACAUAUUAAACUGUCGUUUGUAUUUCAGUGUAUACAAUUUGCUACAGCAACCUACAUCCAUCCGAGGUACUUCAGCUUCACUUUCACAACUCGUGGGGCACUGAGAGAUGCUCCCCAAGCUGAGGAGUCCAUGUGUCACCAGCACCUUGGUACCAACAGAGUGGUAUGAUGCCUUCAGAGCAUUCCACAAUUCCUUCAGCACAUACUGAGCAUCUGAAGCCACAGUGGGGAGAGGCAGGAGGUAUCCCUGAGGCUGACUGUCCCCACAAAGAACAAGUGACCGCCUUUGGGGCAAGAACUUGGGGAGUGGUUGAGCUGCACAGCAUGUUGGAGCACAGGUCCAGACAUAUCCUCCUGUCCCAUUUUGUAGUUUGGGAGUGAUUCACUACCCUGGCAAUCCAUUCUGCUGCCCAUGCCCCAAGAAGGGGCUUAGUGCCAAAGCAGGGAUCCCCAAGUCUCCCCCAGAAUGGUGAGAUGUGACUUCUUGCCACAUUUUCUCUUGCUUCUGUUAGUGGACUGCAAUUAGAAGAGGUGUGGUACCGGUGCUGCUAUCAUCAAUUUACCUUGAUUUUCAGGAAAAUGAUGAGCAGGAGGAAACCUGGAAGCUUUCUGCUGUGCUGUUGAAUAUGGAAAUAUAAAAACUUUUUUACCUGAAGUAUCUCUGUCCCCCUUUCAAAUGGACUACUUCUGAAGUUAGAACUACCUGCUACCCAAAGCAGCCACUUUUCCUUUCACUGUGCAUCCUGGAGAGGAAAAUGAAUUUCACAAAUUGUACCACUGAAGCCAGUGUGGCUGCAAAGCCAAAAACUGUAACUGAGAAGAUGCUUGUCACCCUGACCUUGGCCACAAUCACAACCCUGACUAUGCUGCUGAACUCUGCUGUAAUCGCAGCCAUCUCCACAACCAAGAAGCUCCACCAGCCCGCAAAUUAUUUAAUAUGCUCGCUAGCUGUGACAGACCUUCUUGUUGCUGUCCUCGUCAUGCCCUUGAGUAUCACUUACAUAAUGAUAGAUAAGUGGACUUUGGGAUACUUCAUCUGUGAGAUCUGGUUGAGCGUCGACAUGACCUGUUGCACGUGUUCAAUUCUUCACCUAUGUGUUAUUGCUCUGGACAGGUACUGGGCUAUCACUGACGCCAUCGAAUAUGCCAGGAAAAGAACAGCAAAAAGGGCUGGGUUGAUGAUAGUCACCGUGUGGACCAUCUCCAUUUUCAUAUCAAUGCCCCCUUUGUUUUGGAGGAACCACCACAGUGUCAGCAUCCCCAGUGAGUGUCGCAUUCAGCACGACCACGUCAUCUACACUAUUUAUUCCACAUUUGGGGCAUUCUACAUACCCUUGACUUUGAUCCUGAUCCUGUACUACAGAAUCUACCACGCUGCAAAGAGUCUCUACCAGAAGCGGGGCUCGAGCCGACAUCUCAGCAACAGGAGCACCGACAGCCAAAACUCCUUCGCCAGCUGCAAGCUCACACAGACGUUCUGCGUCUCGGACUUUUCCACCUCUGACCCCACCACAGAGUUUGAUAAAAUUAAUGCAUCCGUGAGGAUCCCCCCUUUUGAGAAUGACUUGGACCUGGCUGGUGACAGGCAGCAGAUCUCUACCACGCGGGAGCGAAAGGCUGCUCGCAUCUUGGGACUGAUUUUAGGGGCUUUCAUUUUGUCCUGGUUACCCUUUUUCAUCAAGGAGCUUCUCGUGGGCCUCCACCUUUGCAUUGUCUCUCCAGAAGUAGCAGACUUCUUGACCUGGCUGGGAUAUGUCAACUCCCUCAUCAAUCCUUUGCUGUACACAAGCUUUAAUGAAGAUUUCAAGCUGGCCUUCAGAAAGCUCAUUAGGUGUCGAGAACAUACUUAAAAGCACUGGGAGACGAUGACGAUGACAUGACUCCUGGCCUUAAGAACGAGCAAAAUAAUUUGACUGUUGUCAUUUCCCUUGACAAAGGGGAUUUUGAUGUUUGCCUCUUUGCUUAACUCUCUUCAGCCAGUAAUUUGUUCUGCUGUUUUUUUUACCACUGGUGUUAUUCACGGUAAAAAUUUGAAAUAAAUUUAUUCUACAAAGGAAUGGAUUUUUUAGCAAUGAAACAAACAAACAGACAAAUAACAAUAAGAAAAUAUUAGAUAUUCACAUUUAAGGCAUUUUGUGUAAUCAAUGAUUCAAGAAGGAAACAACAGUAUUCACAUUUAUUUUAUACUUUUUUCAUUUAAGAAUCGAAUGUCUAAGUGACGUGCACUGUAGUAAUAUGAAGGCUUGUAAGCUGAAUCCAGAAAUUCAUGUUCAAAAAUUAAUAAACUUCAUGGUCAUAAACUUUACUGUGGCAUUUUGAGAAAACUGUAACCGUUUUUUA